AUGCAGUUCAGCACCAGACUGGCCAACGUUGAGCCAGGAUUCAUGGAGACAUGGCAGCAACAGAACAGUGACAGCAAUCUCCUGUUCAGAAUGUCCCAGCAGGCCAUUCGCUGUACUCUGGUGAACUGCACGUGUGAAUGUUUCCAACCUGGGAAGAUCCAACUGCGAACAUGUGACCAGUGCAAACACGGAUGGGUCGCUCAUGCUCUAGACAAGCUGAGCACGCAGCACCUGUACCAUCCGACACAGGUGGAGAUCGUGCAGUCCAACGUGGUGUUUGACAUCAGCAGCCUGAUGUUGUAUGGUACUCAGGCCGUACCUGUGAGACUGAAGAUCCUGCUGGAUCGUCUCUUCAGCGUUCUCAAACAGGACGAGGUUCUCCACAUUCUCCAUGGGCUGGGCUGGACGCUGCGCGAUUACGUCAGAGGCUACAUACUGCAGGAUGCUGCAGGCAAGGUGUUGGACCGCUGGACCAUCAUGUCUCGGGAAGAGGAGAUCAUUACCCUGCAGCAGUUCCUACGUUUCGGAGAGACCAAGUCCAUCGUAGAGCUGAUGGCCAUCCAGGAGAAGGAGGGCCAGGCUGUCACGGUACCCUCGUCGAAGACAGACUCCGGCAUCAGGACUUUUAUCGAGAGCAACAACCGUACCCGCAGUCCGGGCCUCCUCACACACUUGGAGAACAGUAGCCCGUCCAGCAUCCAUCACUUCGAGAACAUCCCCAAUAGCUUGGCUUUCCUGUUGCCUUUCCAGUACAUUAAUCCAGUGUCUGCACCCAUGCUGGGGUUGCCACCCAAUGGACUGGCACUGGACCAGUCAGGCAUCAGGCUGCGUCAGCCAAACCUGCCUAACCAGAGCGAGCCCGUGGAGAGCAGCGAAUCGGAAGUGUCCCUCUCGCCCUUCCGAAGUGGCCAGAGCCCCAGCCGCGGCGCUUUAGGAGCGAUUCCCAACUCCAUCGAACCCAAGACCGAACCCAGCAGAGCAUCGCCGAUUUCCACCUCGCCCUCCGCACAGCACAUCACGCACUCAUCGUUCUCCUCCAAGAUGCAUCGCAUGCGACGCAUGGGCGCGACUUCGCGCAAGGGCCGCGUCUGUUGCAACGCCUGCGGAAAGACCUUCUAUGACAAGGGCACCCUGAAGAUCCACUACAACGCCGUGCAUCUCAAGAUCAAACAUCGCUGCACUAUCGAGGGCUGCAACAUGGUCUUUAGCUCUUUACGUAGCCGCAACCGUCACAGCGCCAACCCCAACCCGCGUCUGCACAUGCCAAUGUUGAGGAACAACCGGGACAAGGACCUCAUCCGCUCCAACUCUGGCUCGGCCACGCCUGUCAUCUCGACAGCCAAGAGCAGGUUCACUCUGACCAGCCCUGGCCGGCCUCCGCUGGGCUUUGCCACCCCUCCACUGGAUCCAAUGCUGCAGUCGCCUUUGCAAAGCCCCCUAGUUUUCCCGUCCUUGAAAUCCGUUCAGCCCGUGCAGCCAGUGCCUCCCUUCUAUCGCACGCUUCUGUCCCCGGCUGACCUGGUAAGCCCACCGGUUUCUCUGCCUACAAGUCCCAUACUUCCCACGGCAGGGGGUGUUACCCACCGGCUGCCCACCCCGAGCGCUCCGGAGCCCACCACGGCUGACCCCACGCCCAAGAAAAAGCCCCGAAAGUCCAGCAUGCCGGUGAAGAUCGAGAAGGAGGUCAUCGAUGUAGCAGACGAUUACGAAGACAAAGACGACGACGACGAGGACAGCUGCCAACACCACCAUCACCCGUCAUCCCACCUCCACAAUAACAUCAAUGGUAACUGCAACAACAAUAACAACAGCAGCGGCCACCAGUCGCCAUCCCAGGACGAGAUGAGUCCCGGCCUGGCAUUGAGGGGCAUGCUGAGGCCCGAUCAGGAUGAGUGCCGUGGGCGUGGCGGCAGCGGAGGCGGCGGAGAGCUUCGCUGCAUGGACAGCUUUACUUCUGAGGACCAAGACCACGAACGGGACUUCGAGAACGAGUCGGAGACGUCCGAGUCCAAGAUGUUCUACCGCGAGGAGAUGAUGGACACCGAGGAGCAACGGCACGGCAUGAGGAGCAGCCUGGACAAGGAGCAGGACGAGGCAGAGGAAGAGGGUCAUUUGAGGAAGGAUCUAGAAGACAAGAGCCACUCCUCACCUUCCCCGCACCAACCCGUUAUCAAAAUCAAGGAGGAGCUUAACGACCCCACCUACGACAUGUUCUGCAUGAGUCAAUAUGGCCUUUACAACGGAGGGAUGGCCGCAGCCGCUGCGGCCGCCGCCAGCAUGGCCGCCCUGCACGAGAGUUUCAUCUCGUCCAUGAGAUACGACGCCAGCCCACCGAAAAUCCCCUCUCACUCUCCCGAGAGCGAUCUGUGCUCGAGCCCGGACCCCAAGAUCUGCUACGUCUGCAAGAAGAGCUUCAAGAGCUCCUACAGUGUCAAACUGCACUACAAGAACGUUCACCUCAAGGAGAUGCACGUGUGCACUGUGGCUGGCUGCAACGCUGCUUUUCCCUCUAGACGGAGCAGAGACAGGCACAGCUCCAACAUCAACCUGCAUCGCAAACUGCUGACCAAAGAGCUGGACGACAUCGUCCUGGACCCUCAGCUUACGCCGCUGCCCCGGGAACUACGCGCGGAGUUCCUGGCCAAAAUCUACACCGGCCACCACCUGGGUCUGGAGGGGAUGGGGAGCGGCGUCGCCGGAGGGCUGUCCCGGGGCCUGGGCCGCGAGGACACCGGCUCUCCCGCCGGCACCGAAUACUCCCACAGCAACGGCUAUUACCGCGCCUCUGCCGACGACUACAUGGUGCUGGACCUGAGCACCACGUCCAGCGUGCAGUCCAGCGGGAGCGUGCACUCCUCCCGGGAGUCGGACGAAGGCAGCGAUGAGGGCAUCCUUCUGGACGACCUGGAGGGAGCCAGCGACGGCGAGGACUGCGCGCCCAGCAUGGAAGCCCAGGGCACUGGAGGGGAGGAAGGGGAGAGAGCCAGAGAGGGAGUAGGAGGAACAGGAGAGGGGCCUCUGUCCGGCGACCCUUCCUCCUCCCCCUCACUCUUGACGUCCGCGGUGGGUAACGGCACCGGGGGUAUCCUUUGCACGAUCUGCCACAAAAUGUACAGUAACAAAGGGACUUUGCGGGUGCACUACAAGACUGUCCACCUGCGCGAAAUGCACAAGUGCAAGGUGCCAGGCUGCAACAUGAUGUUCUCCUCCGUUCGCAGCCGAAACCGGCACAGCCAGAACCCCAACUUACACAAAAACGCGCCCUUCUCCACCAUGGUCGACUAG